CCUGUUUGCAGCAGCCCGACGCUGGACAGCCCCGAUUUCGCCUGCUUUCCUGAGAGCCAUGUCGACCGCAACCAAGAAGGUUAUCGCCACCCACAGCGGAAGCUUCCACGCCGAUGAGUCUCUGGCCGUCUAUAUGCUGAGGCUCACCAAGGAGUUUGCCGGAGCCGAAAUCGUUCGAACCCGCGAUCCUGCGGUGAUUGCUGCUGCCGACAUUGUCGUCGAUGUCGGCGCCGAGUACGAUCCUGCCCGCAAUCGCUUCGACCACCACCAGCGCGAGUUCAAGGAUACAUUCGACAGCCACCACUCGAUCCGCCUGUCGUCUGCUGGACUCGUCUACAAGCACUUUGGUCGGGAGGUCCUCGCAAACAUCCUCAAGUGGGAUCCGGCCGAUGAUCGCAUCGAGCUUGUGUACCAAAAGAUCUACAGCAUCCUGAUUGAAUCGUACGAUGCAAUCGACAACGGCGUCAGCGCCUAUCCCUCGGAUGUUGAGCCCAAGUAUAAGGAUAACACUGGCAUCUCCCGCCGAGUCUCCAACCUCAACCCCUGGUGGAACCAGCCCGACGACGAUAUCCAAGAGCGCUUCCUCAAGGCCGUUGAGCUGUGCGGCACCGAGUUUGUCGACAGGGUCUCCUACAUCGGCCUCUCCUGGCUGCCCGCUCGCGAGAUCGUCGAGAAGGCUCUGCAGGAACGCACCCACUUUCACUCCUCGGGCAAGAUUCUUGUCUUUGAUCAGUUCUGCCCCUGGAAAGAGCACCUUUACAUCCUCGAGGGCGAACAUAACAUUCCACAUGCGACACGGCCCCUCUAUGCUCUCUACGCCGACCAGAGCGGCAGCUGGAGAGUGCAAGCCGUCGCCAAGACCCCAGAUUCAUUUGAAAGCCGCAAGGCCCUGCCUGAAGCAUGGAGGGGCAUCCGCGACGAAGCGCUCUCUGAGUUGGCAGGCAUCCCUGGCUGCAUCUUUGUCCACACAACUGGAUUCAUUGGCGGCAACAAGACCAAGGAUGGCGCGCUCCAAAUGGCUCUCAAAGCCCUUGACCUCUGAUUUAGCCCCCCCCCCAAACGGAGAGAAAGGAUUGCUCCAUUCUCGGAUAUCUUCUCGCCCUGAGCAAGCUAUAUAUCCACAAUACACUUGGAGCGCUCACAAAUGAAACGGGGCACCCCACCAUUGUUGUAGUUCACGGUAAAUCCACAAGAAACACAUGAUCGACGGCCCAAAUGCAGUGGGCGCAAUAAAUCGUCAAGCAGACACGUUGCAGAGUCC